AUGGCACCAAGAAGUGUAGUUCUUUAUCUUAAAUUAUUUGCUGCCAGUUGUUGUCAAAUGGGAAUUCAAUUCUCCUAUUCUGCAAUUUUUGGAUUGAGUGGACCAUUAUUUGGAACUCAAUUUCAAAUGAGUGGUACAGGAGUGAAUAUUAUAUUUAUGGUUAUUGGUCCAAUGAUUGGAUUUUUCGUUCAACCUAUUUUUGGUGCUAUUGGAGAUAAAUGUACAUUUAAAUUCGGAAGAAGAAGAAUUUUCUUAGUUGUUGGUGCAAUUAUUGAUGUACUUGGAUUAUGUGUUAUUGCUGCAUCAACCUUUAUAGAUCAAGGUAUGAAUGAUGGUUCAGAAGAAACAACAUUUAGUGAUCAUUUAGUUGGUACAUUCUUAGCAUUAUUUGGAUUAUUUGUAGCUUUCUUUGGUGUAAAUAUUAUGCAAGCACCAUCUCGUGCUAUUGUCAGUGAUAUUUUUGAUGCAGAAAAUCAACAAGAUGCUAAUCUUAUGAUUAAUGCAUGUUCUGGAUUUGCUUCAAUUGCUUGUUAUGGUAUUUCUGCUGGAACAGUUGGAUCAUCAAGCACAUUCCUUAUUAUGUUUGCAUUAUGUGCUGUUGUUGUACUUAUUUCCACAAUUCCAACAGUUCUUUUCUCUAAAGAAGAACGAUAUAUUCCUGAAGAAGGAAAGAAACUUAAUAUUUUUGCACCAUUUAUUGAUUUAUUCCAUGCUAUUAAAAUGAUUAGAUUAGAUAUUGUUUUUAUUUUAUUAGCACUUAUGUUUGGUUGGUUUGCUUUCCAACCAUUUAAUACAAACUUUACUAAUUAUAUGUCUAAAUCUGUUUAUCCAAAUGGUCCAAAUGAUGAUGGUCUUAGAAUGGGUCUUAUUAUUUUGUGUGUUUUUGCUAUAUUCCAAUGUUUGUCAGUAUUUAUAUUCCCUGUUAUUUCAAGCACUAUCGGAGAAGUUACUACAUUCCUUCUUUUCCAAGUCCUUGCUGGUAUUUCUUAUAGCAUGUUAUGUGCUCUCUAUUACACCUUCCCAUCUAAUUACCAAGAUGAUAACUCAAAACCUCAAUUUAUUUCCUCAUUAACACUUGGAUUUUUAUCAGCAAUCUUCCCUGCUAUGGCAUUUGUACAAACUAAUUCUCUUCCUUAUUCUAUGCUCAAAAAGGUUGUUCCAGAAGAUAGGUUUGGUGCUUUCAUUGGUUUAGCUAAUUGCGCUGUAGUUUUUGCUCAAUUCCUUUCAUCCGGUAUUAGUGCUCUUCUUCAAUUAGCUUGGGAUGAUUAUCUUCUUCCAAUUAUUGUCUCAGCUGUAUCAAGUUUCCUUGCUGCUGGUAUCUCAGUAGUUUUGUACUGUGUUAAGACAAGUGAGGAAAGAGAUGUACUUCUUAAACAAGCUAAUUAA